UUCAAAGUGAGUCGGGUGUCGCGUGGCCUCUAUGCCCUGUCGGGAAACAUUGUUUUAAAUUUUGAAAUCGUUGAAGGAGAUGCCAAUGAGAUGGAAAUGAACAUGUAUCACAGUUCCACGGGCAAGAAUGAUUAUCGCGCUCUACCCUUUCGCAUAUAUCGCCAACAUGUCAUUGAUAUUUUGAAUUCUGUCUACAAAGAGGGUGCCAUGGAGAAUUUCGCCUCCUGUUCAAAUCUACCACAAUUUGAGGAUAAAUUUGAACCACCCCUCGUAAAGGAUACCUAUUACAUGGACAAGUGCCAAUUUGACGAGUCCGGUUUUCCAAAUCAUGCCCAAGAGGGUUUCUAUAAAAUUGAGGUAAUCGGUUAUGGGGAAGUUGAUUGGACAAUGAUAUUGGUCUUUAAAUUGGACGCUGAUGUGUGAAAUUUUGGGAAAAAAGUUAUAAAAUAUAUGAGAAAUGAUAUCGAAUAUAUAUCUAAGGGUUUGAAAAUCUCCAUAUAAGGGGAUCUGGGUCUAACAUAACUGUUUACCGGGUAAGAUUUUAGAAUUUGUCAUAAACUGUUUUUUUUUUUUGGAAAUUC